AUGGUAAGACCAAGAAGAGCUGGAGCUAAUUAUAGGGCUAACUCGGAAGAACCUCUACCGGAACCUCAACCGGAAGUGCAAGGAGGUAGGGGCCGGGGUGGUAGAGGCUGUGGUAGAGGACGAGGUAGGGGCCGAGGUAGGGGUCGUGGUGAGGCUCCUAGGCCUAACUUGGCGGAUGUGAUUGCUCAAACGGUCACCAAUAUCAUGCCAACUAUUGUUACCCAAGUCCAAGCAACUCUUGAUGGGAACAAUGGGGUACAACCUAAUGAGCAUCAAAAUGUUGGAAACCCGGAAAAUGUGAAUGAUGAGGGUGCUCAACCUCAUGUUGUAGAAGAAGAAGAAGAAGAACUCGAAAGAGCGGACAACUAUAGGGAUAGGUAUAACCAACAUGGAGUGUACCGCCAAGGUUGUCAAUUUAAAGAUUUCAAGAAUUGUGGGGCACCGGAGUUUGAUGGGUUGGGUGGGCCUGUGGAAUGUAUAAAAUGGUUUGAGAGGAUUGAGGCGGUGAUUGAAAGGAGUCAUUGUACUUACGAUGACCGAAUUUAUUAUGCCUCCGGUAUGUUCAAGGAAGAUGCUUUAAGUUGGUGGAACCAAGAGAAGGCCUUGGGUCGGGCCCACAAUUUGGAAUGGGCCGACUUCAAGAACAAAGUGAAAGAGAAGUUUUGCCCAUCUUAUGAGCUCCAAAACUUGACCAUCGAGUUUGUCCAUCUCAAAAUGGACGGGGCCGACUACAAGGGCUAUGUUAGACGAUUCCAAGAGUUGUCUAACCUUGUUCCUCACCUAGUGAGCACCGAGUCUCGGGCCAUUGAGAAGUUUGUUUUGGGUUUGAAUCCACAAGUCCGUUCUCUCAUCAAUCCGGUCAUGCCUACUUCCAUGGUCGAGGCUAUUAACCGUGCCGGUAGUGUUACCGAAGACUUGUUAAGAAGUGGAGUUUUGAGUAAAUCAUCAUCGUCAUCAUCAAAAAGAAAGGAGGUUGGGGAAACGGGUGGUCCAAGGAAGAUGGGAAGGUUUGACCCCAAGAAUGCUAAUCGGGGUAGGGUGAUGGCGGCGGUGGAGCCGGUGAAGAAGUCUUAUGUGGGGCCCCACCCACAUUGUGGAAGAUGCAAUAGACACCACCCCGCCAAUGUUCAAUGUGGGGCAUGCUUUAAUUGCAAUCAAAGAAGAGGCGAAUGUUAUGUGUGCGGUAGCCCUAAUCAUUACCGUAACAAUUGUCCUCGAUGGGUGGGACAACAAGUUCAAGUGGCCGUUCACCCCAAUCAACUACAAAUUGCCGGGCCUAACCAAAACCGGGGACAACAAGGUCACCAAGUGCAACCCCGUGGCCGAGCCUUUGCGGUCAAUGCAAAUGAGGCCCGUAAUAAUCCCAAUGUUGUUGCAGGUACCUUUCUUCUUAAUGGUCAUUAUGCAACGGUUUUAUUUGAUUCCGGAGCUGAUUAUAGUUUUGUGUCUUCUCGUUUUAUUCCUUUGAUUGAUGUGCAUCCGUGUGCCCUAAACUAUGUACUCGAUAUAGAAACGGUAAAUGGCGCCUUAGCAAAACUUAGUCAAAUACUUCGUGAUUGUAUUUUGACUCUAAACGACGUCGAAUUCUACAUCGACCUUAUGCCUUUCAAAAUCGGUAGCUUUGACGUUAUUGUGGGAAUGGAUUGGUUAACGGCGGUAAAUUCAACUAUUGAUUGUGGUGAGAGGGUUGUUAAAAUACCGUUGUCUAGCGGUAAAAUUCUUAGAGUUCAAGGUGAAACUUCCGAUUCUCUAAAUUCUAAAGUCUUUAGUGCUACCGUCUCAAAGGUAGAAUUGAAGACCGUUCCUAUUGUUUGUGAAUUCCCCGAUGUUUUUUUGGAAGAAUUAUCGGGAUUACCCCCAUCUCGUGAACUUGACUUUCGUAUCAAUCUUAUUCCGGGAGCCGCGCCCGUGGCAAAAGCUCCUUAUAGACUUGCUCUCACCGAAAUGCAAGAACUCGAAGCUCAACUUAAGGAACUUCAAGAGAAGGGUUUCAUCCGCCCUAGUCAAUCUCCUUGGGGUGCUCCCAUUCUCUUUGUCAAGAAGAAAGAUGGGUCGUUUAGAAUGUGUAUAGACUACCGGGAAUUGAAUAAGCUCACGGUGAAAAAUCGAUAUCCUCUUCCUCGAAUCGAUGAUGUCUUUGACCGACUUCAAAGUGCCAAGCACUUUUCCAAAAUCGAUCUCCGCUCGGGUUAUCAUCAACUCCGGGUUCAUGAAGAUGACAUUCAUAAAACGGCUUUCCGAACUCGGUAUGGGCACUUUGAAUUUACCGUUAUGCUUUUUGGGUUGACCAAUGCACCGGUGGUGUUCAUGGAUUUGAUGAACCGGGUGUGUCGCCCUUUCUUGGACAAGUUCGUCAUUGUCUUUAUUGACGACAUACUUGUUUAUUCUAAAACAAAGGAAGAACAUGCCGAACACUUGUGA